CUAAUACUCUGUGAACAUAAUAAUUGGUGAAUAUUUGAUGCUGCUAUCAUUACCAUUAUCUGCUUUUGCUCAUCUCAAAUAGUCGAGAUAAAACCCCAAUAAACCUUAAGCCUCGGUACCAAAACAAACACAUUUUGAAUCUCCAGGAAAAAAAACGAUGGCAAUCUGUUCAGCGCCAUCGUUGGCCUUUUUCAACUACAAUUCAUCGACAUCCAUGGCUGUCGGAGUAAUUUCUGCCGGAAACCGCGGCAACUCAGGCAUUCUUAAAUUACAGUUAGGGUUUUCAGCUUCUUCGCAUAAUUUUUACAAUGGAGGAAGAGGGCAGGGUUUUGUAAACAGUAGUAGUAAUACUUACAGACGGCAUUUCAGAAAGAUACACCGGACAAUUUGUAUGGCAGCUGAUUUUUAUUCCACUCUGGGCGUUUCGAGGUCCGCCAGUGUUAAGGAUAUUAAAUCUGCGUACAGAAGACUUGCUCGUCAGUACCAUCCAGAUGUGAACAAAGAACCCGGAGCAGAAGAGAGAUUUAAAGAGAUAAGUGCAGCAUAUGAGGUGCUGUCAGAUGAUGAAAAGAGGUCUUUGUAUGAUCAAUAUGGUGAAGCUGGAGUAAAAGGUGCAGCAGCUGGAGCAGGAGCAGGAGCUUACACGACAAAUCCUUUUGAUUUGUUUGAAACUUUCUUUGGUUCAAACAUGGGAGGAUUUUCAGGCAUGGGUCAAGCUGGGUAUGGAACACGCAGGCGCGAGACUGUCAUUCAGGGUGAUGAUAUUCGAUAUGAUGCGACUUUGGAAUUCUCUGAAGUAAUUUUUGGAGCAGAGAAAGAGUUUGAGGUGUCCCAUUUGGAGAAAUGUGAAGUGUGCAAUGGUACUGGAGCAAAGAGGGGCUCAAGACCAAAGAAAUGCUCAACUUGUGGUGGCAGGGGUCAAGUGAUGCGAACACAAGAAACACCAUUUGGCUUGUUUUCACAGGUCUCAAUCUGUCCAAACUGUGGAGGUGAAGGUGAAACCAUAUCGGAUUACUGCCGAACAUGUGCUGGAGAUGGCCGAGUUCAAGUAAAAAAGGAUCUGAGAGUAAAAGUUCCUGCAGGAGUUGACAGUGGCAGUACAAUUCGUGUACGUGGGGAAGGUGAUGCAGGACCGAAAGGGGGCCCUCCUGGAGAUCUGUAUUUUCGUCUUUAUGUGAAAGAGAUUCCAGGCAUUAAAAGAGAUGGUAUCAAUCUCUCAUCCAGGAUUUCCAUCAGUUAUCUUGAUGCCAUUCUGGGAACUGUUGUUAAGGUGAAGACUGUAGAAGGAAUUUCAGAACUCCAGAUUCCACAAGGCACUCAGCCUGGGGACGUGCUUGUGUUGUCAAAGUUGGGAGUACCCAAGUUUAGCAGACCAUCUGUUCGUGGGGAUCAUUUAUUCACUGUUGAAUUGACUAUCCCUACACGGAUCAGUCAAAGAGAGCGGGAAUUAAUUGAAGAACUUGCAAGGCUUAGGAAAUCGAAGGAUAAGCGCCCAAGUGCCCGUCCUGCAAGCUGGCCUCAGCGAGACCAAAUUGAAAAGCCAACACCUGAAAUGCAAACGGAUGUGAAAAGCGAAGAUGAACAAGAAACGGAGACUGAAGGUUUCUGGGGAAAACUGAAAAAUUUUGCUGGGACACUGGCAAAUGGGGCUGCAAAGUGGUUGAAUGAGAACUUUUAGCUUGUGAUCACAGACUAUGAUAUAAACAUCGUAUUACUUGCCUGGAGAAUGUGAGUUCUAGCAGUUAUUUAUACCAUACAAUUUCAUUUCUCUUAUGGGAGUUUUGAUAUUUGUUAUGGAUCCAUUGUGUUUACUCUUAGCUGGGUGGAUGGCUUACCAGAAGAUAACUUUGAUUCACCAAGCAGGUGGGUUCUUAUCAGAGUAUUGCAAUUUUGGUUGUGAAGUUGUUGCGUCAGAAGAAGAUACAUUGAAAAAUUAAUCAUUUAAUAUGCGGUUCGGUAGCAAUGGAUUUCUUAUACAGCAUAUUCUUUUAGCGAUUGACUUUUAAUCCUCGCUUGGAAUAAUGGUCAGCAUAUUCAAGGAACAGAAGUCAAUAUGAUACUGACUCCAUUGUAUUUGCAUGAUGUGUCAUAUGAGCCAGACUCAUAGAAUAAUAUCACAGUGCAUACUGCUCAUGAUGCUAAUAUUUGUUCAUUGAUUUUUCAUGAAUGUCAAAAUAGUGUAAACAUUAAUGGUGCC